UGGUAUACCCAUAGUUUUCAACAGGAAGUUCGGACUGGAAUGGGAUGAACCGUCGAUCAAGUGCCACGUAUACACACCCUUGCCGCAUGUGUGCUGCCCAGUCACACCUGUGUCUCCCCUCCUCAUCUCUCUCCCUCUCUAUAUAUCAACGCUCAAUCCACCCAAUCGCUCCUUAUCAUCUCUCUCUCUCUCUCUAUAUCCCCCCCUCCCCCUCUCCCUCUCUCUCUCUCUACAAUUCUUCCUCGUCGUACGGCCUCCGGAUUGCCUCAGCUGGAGAAUACCGAUCACCACCGAUCGGGGAAGAUGUCGUCAGGUAGCUGCUCGGAGACCGGCGCCAACGACUCCUUCAUGCUGUUCGGAGUGAGAGUGAGGGUGGACCACAUGAGGAAGAGCGUCAGCAUGAACAAUCUCUCGCAGUACGAGCUGCCACAGGAGUCGUCAAACGCCGCCGACGUUGCUGCCGAUUGCGCCUCCGCCGACGAGGCCAUCCACAAUCAGUCCUCCGGGAGUCGCGAGCGCAAGAGAGGAGUUCCAUGGACCGAGGAAGAGCACAAGCUGUUCCUCUUGGGACUGCAAAAGGUAGGCAAAGGAGAUUGGAGAGGUAUUUCGAGGAAUUUUGUGAAGACUCGCACUCCGACCCAAGUCGCCAGCCACGCUCAGAAGUACUUCCUCAGGAGGACAAACCUCAAUCGUCGCCGCCGUCGAUCUAGCCUCUUUGACAUCACUACCGAAUCGGUUACUCCAAUUCCCAUGGAAGAAGAGAGACUUCAUCAAGGCAGCAAUACCCAGCCACUUCUACCACCAUCAACCCAGCUACCUCCACCCGAAACUUCCAAUAUCGGUGGAUCUCAAGUCUUGCCUUUCCCUGUGAACAUGCGUCCUGUUUUAGUGCCAGGUCCUGUUUUAGUGCCAGUACAGAUUGAUAACCCAACGGAAAAACUUUCCCUUGGACAAGUUGAUCUUUUGAAUCAUGAACCAAUGAGGCUCGUUCGUCCAAUUCCAGUUCUUCCAAUCACCAGCGGGACAACAAUGGUGAACUGGAACUUAAAUAAAAAAUCUGCGGUAGAUCCAUUGCCAAUGCCAUUGUCUCUCAAGCUUUCUUUGUCGUCUGAUCAGAGUCAUAUGUCCAGGCAUUCCGCGUUUCAGGUGAUGCCGAGCUUCAACAAUGCUGAUAGCGUUAUCAGCGUUGCAUGAUAAGCAUAUCCGAGCGAGGGGCGAAAAAUGUCAGUGAGAGAGAGAAGCUUCAUAUUCCAAUUAGAGAGAUCAUAAAGUAAGAAAUGAUCAGGUCGUUAGUUUAUCUGCAAUUUGUCUUUUGUUAUGUACAGACUAAAACAAUGUGAUUGUGUUUGUUGUACUAAUGUGUUUUAUGCCCUUAUGUGAGAUUCGUGUUUAUUUGUC